AGAUCAGGCGGAUAAAUGAGGCUCGCUAUAAAAGGCCUGAGCUGCCUCCCUGCGGCUCCACUCUGUGCUGACCUGCCGGAGACCCAGCCGCCAGACAUGAAGCCCCUCCUGCUCCUGCCGCUGCUCGGAUUCCUCGCCACCAUCGCCUCCUGCACCCCUAGCGUGAAGUGGUGCGCCACGUCGGGGCAAGAGAAGGCGAAGUGUGACGCCCUGAGUGCUGUGGCCCCGGUGUUCUCCUGUGUGCAGAGAAGCGGAACCAGGGAAUGUUUGACCGCCAUCAAGGCUGGUGAGGCAGAUGCCAUCACUUUAGAUGGAGGGGACAUCUACACUGCUGGACUGGACGAAUUCAAGCUGCAUCCCAUAAUUGCUGAGCAGUACGGCACCUCUGCUGAAACCUGUUACUACGCUGUUGCUGUGGUGAAGAAGGGCACAGGAUUUAAACUCGGGGAACUGAGGGGGAAGAAAACCUGCCAUACUGGGGUGGGGAAAUCUGCAGGCUGGAACAUUCCCAUAGGAACUCUGCUCGACAAGGGAUACAUUACUUGGGCAGGCAGUGAUGAUGGAAGCUUGGAGGAAGCGGUGGCCGAGUUCUUCCUGUCCAGCUGUGCCCCCGGGGCAACAAGCCCGAAGCUGUGCGAGCUGUGCAGAGGAAACUGCGAAAAAUCCGACUCUAAUCCUUAUUAUAAUUACCACGGGGCUUUCCAGUGUCUGAAAGAUGGAACAGGAGAAGUAGCUUUUGUGAAGCAUCUCACUGUCCCUGUUGAAGAGAGGGGCGACUAUGAGCUGCUGUGCACUGAUGACACCAGAAAGCCCUUGGACCAGUAUGAGAACUGCAACCUUGCCAAGGUUCCAGGUCAUGCUGUUGUCACUCGCAGUGAAGACCAGGAGCUGGCGGACCUCAUCUGGAAAAGCCUCGACUCAGUAAAGGGCUUUGACCUUUUCUCGUCGGGGCCCUAUGGUGGAAAGAACCUGAUGUUCAAGGACUCGACAACAAGGCUUAUGCAGCUGCCCCCGAACGUGGACUACACCAUGUAUCUGGGUCCUAAGUACUUAGACAGCAUCAGAACCAUUAAGAGAGUGAAAACCCCAAGCAUCACGACUGACACCAUAAAAUGGUGUGUUGUGGGCGACAGGGAGGAAGCCAAGUGUGACAGGUGGAGCAGCGACAGUUUGUUAUUAGAUGGCACCAAGUUUGAUUGCAUCAAAGGCAUCUCAUCUGAAGACUGCCUGAAAAAGAUUAUGCAUAAAGAGGCUGAUGCAGUGGCAGUGGAUGGAGGUCAGGUGUACACAGCUGGAAAGUGUGGUCUAGUUCCUGCUAUGGUGGAGCAGUAUGAUCAAGGCCAGUGCGGUCCAAGUGCAGUCCCAGGCUCCUCUUACUAUGCUGUCGCUGUGGUAAAGAAAGGUUCAGUGAGUACCUGGUCAGACCUGAAAGGCAAGAGGUCUUGCCACACAGGCCUGGGAAGAACCGCUGGCUGGAACGUCCCCAUGGGUAUCAUCUACAAAGAAACUCAAGACUGCAACUUCUCGGCUUAUUUCAGUAGUAGCUGUGCCCCUGGAGCCGACCCCAGCUCUUCGCUCUGUGCUCGGUGUAUUGGAGAUUCUAACUCUCUGUCCAAGUGCAAACCCAGUUCUGAAGAGAGGUACUACGGCUACGCUGGAGCUUUUAGAUGUCUGGCGGAGGGUUCCGGUGAUGUUGCCUUCGUCAAACACACAAUCGUCGGGGAAAACACAGAUGGUCAAGGACCAGAUUGGGCCCUACCUCUCAAGUCCAGUGAAUAUGAGCUGAUCUGCCCUGGCAAAGGUCCAGUGCCAGUCAGUGAUUUCCUGAGUUGCCACUUGGCUAAAGUGCCCGCACAUGCUGUGGUGACCCGUUCAGAGAUCCGCACCAAGGUGGUCGGCUUUCUGACCCAUCAGCAGGCCAAUUUUGGAAGCAGUUCCAGCACUGACACGUUCAAAAUGUUCGGGUCGGAAUUUGGAUCGAACCUCCUCUUCAAGUCCUCCACUAAAUGUCUCAAGGAGACAACUGGUCAGGACUAUGCAACAUUUUUGGGAUCAGAAUACAUGACCGCGAUGAGUUCACUCAGAACUUGCAAAGAAUCCACCUCAGAUCUGGAACAGCUUUGCACUUACAAUAUGUGUCAGAACUGAAGGGGAUCGUGGACUUUGUUGCACCUCAGCUGGGGCUCUGUGAUUCAAGCAUCUUCCAACAAUUCCCACAAUUGACCCAAAACUUGCUUUGAGUAUUUUCUUACCGACCCAAAAUGUAGACCCGUUUUGAGAAGAGCGACCUGAACGAUCAUGUCUAUGUGCAGCCCUUUUCAUGCUGUUGGAGCAGAAUGAUAUAUUUUUAUUAAAUCAAUCAUGUUUUGUUGAUCCAUGCCUCACUCUUCUCAAAUAAAGCCUUUUUGAAUGCUGA